UCACACUUGCAAUCUGAGUUACUUCCGAAUGCAGUCAGACUUUUAGAAAUGCUUUUUUACGUGAUUUUGGUACUUUUAGGUGCAGGGGUUUCCUCCAUCAACGCAACAAAAUGCACCCAUUUCGAUUUGGUGGUUUGCGCUUUUCUUGUUGAUGGAGAUAAAGUUUCUAAAUCUGGACUUGCGGAAUCGGGGGAAAUCUUAGAUGCAAGAUGCCGGGAAACAUUACCUGUACUAAAAUGCUUGAAUGAUUAUGCAGUCAGAUGCCCUGAGUCUGAUUUUAAACACUUAGCAGUAUUUUUUCAAGAUGAGUACAAAAUUCAAUCCAAAAUCUGCGAUAAAAAUAAUGAAUUGAGAAAACGCUACCUGACUCAUGCAAAAUGCUUAAAUGCUUUUCGCGACAAAACCCAAAAGAAGUGUGGGAAAUUAUUAGAAUUUGAAGAUGCUGAAAGAUUUACAAAGGAUCAAUGCGAGAAUUACGAAGACAACUUUGAGUGUUCUUACAAGGAGAUGCAAAGAGAUUGUGGCAAAGAUGCUCUUUCCUUACUCACUGAAGUUUUGACACCUGUACACAAAUUUAUGAAAGAAACCUGCAAAGACUUCCAAGACUUACAUGACCUUUCUCCAUACAAGUUUCUCUUUUCAGGAGGGUAUUAAGGAAUUUCUGGAAUUAUAAAUCAUUUUAUGAUUAAAAAAAGAAUCCAUUUUCUAAAUAAAUGUAAUUUUUAAAGGAA